AUGUUGAUGGCAUCUGCGGCGCGCAACGUGACCAGGCAGCAGCGCCUGACGACACGCGCUGCAGAGGAGGUUGUGGGGCUGACGGAUGUGGAGCCAGAGGAUGCCCGGAGCUCCAUCGCCGUGGGGCUCAAGUUUUCCAACGCGGGCCAGUGGGCUAAGGCGCAAGAGUACUUUGAGAAAGCGCUUGAGCUGCCCGGCACGGGGCUGAAGCGGUGGCGCGACAAGCCUCCGGCGCUCAGCACGGGCGAGCUGACGUCUGCGCUCUACAACAUCGCCUGCUGCCGCAGCCAGCUGGGAGACAUCGAGAACGGACUGAUCGCCAUGUCGGGCGCCGUGGAGCAAGGGUACCGCGAUUUCCAGCAGGUGGCCGCUCUGCGCUCAGACCCCGACCUCACAGCGCUCAGGGCGGACGAGCGGUUUGAGGGCUUCCUGCGCCGCUACGAGCGCAAGCAGCCCGAGAAGACCGGUUUCAUGGGCCUCUUCUGA